GAGGAAGCAAAGGGCAGGGAGCCGCGCUCAGUUGGCAUCCUGGCACUGCGCAGCCCAGCUGGAGACACGGCACUCCGAGCAGAAGCAGCUCCAGGUGAAUCCGGGGGCCUGAAGACACUCCCACCGGGGGUUCAACAGGGACAAUGGGUAACCAAAUGAGUGUUCCCCAAAGACUUGAGGACCAAGAGAAUGAGUUGGAUACAGACACUCACAAGGUGAUGCCUGAGAGCGAGUGUCAUCAAAACGGGAUGCUGGUGGUCUCACAGCCCCACCCUGUUCAACAGUAUGAUGAAGUCGAUUCGGGAACAAGUGUCCGGGAGGAUAAUGCGGCCACUGCUUCCCCCACCACAAUGGAGAUAAGCGCUGUUGCGGAUGCCAGCGGAAAGAAUCUUGGGAAGGAGGCCAAACCCGAGGCACCAGCUGCUAGAUCUCGUUUUUUCUUGACACUCUCUCGGCCUGUACCAGGACGUGCCGGAGACCAAGCCACGGAUUCAUCCACUGGGUCAGUGAAGCUUGAUGUCAGCUCCAAUCAAGCCCCGAGGAACAAAGACCCGAGUGAGCCCGGGGCGCUUCCGCGCGCAGCUGCACCGGGGCGCGACCCAGAUAAAACCCCCCGGGCCGACCCCGCGCUCAGCUCGGCCUCUCUGCCACCUGGGGACCUGAGUCAGGGGGAGCAGCCCCCUACCAAGCCGAAGGACCCCAGCUUCUUUGACAAACUCUUCAAACUGGACAAGGAACGGGAACAGACGCCAGUCGACAGCCAGCAGGAAGCCAAGUGCGCGCAGCAUCAGGACCAGGCGCGCGAAACUCCUGGAUCAUCGACGCAGUCGAGCAAUGUCCCUGCAGAGGGGGACAUAGCUGACGGCAGGAGGAGGGAAGGACAGGAAAUCACAACUGUGAGUUGCUCUGUCCCCGGGGACCCUGAAGAACUGGAGCCUGCAAAGGAAGACCCCCAGACAGAGAAUAAUAAUUCCAUCAUGAGCUUCUUUAAAACCCUGGUUUCACCCAGCAAAGCUGAAACAAAGAAAGAUCCGGAAGACACGGCAUCCAAAGCAGAAAGUGUCUGUGACGGACAAGCUGGGCAGAAGACGGCGGAGAGCCAGGCUAAAGGCGCCAAGAAAAAGCACCUGCAUAGCCCCCAGCUAGGACUCGCCUUUAGGAAAUUCUUUAGGCAUAAGGGUGCCGAAAAGUCACCCACCACUCCAGCCGACAUCAAGCCAGACAAAGGCCAUGUUACGCCCCAGGAGCCCCAAGGGGCAGCCAAGAAUUCUACGUCCACUGAAGCAGCAAAGGAAGGAGCCAAGGAGAAGGGCGGGCCCACCUCUCUGCCUCUGGGAAAACUGUUCUGGAAAAAGUCAGUUAAAGAGGAUUCAGUCCCCACAGGUGCAGAGGAGAAUGUGGUGUGUGAAUCAGCAGUAGAGGUAAAGUCCGAGGAGGUAGACUCAACCUUACACACAGUGGAUCUCAGCGAGGAGGGAGAUAGCGCACCUGAACCCGCGGAAGUGACGCCCAAGAGAGAAGAACGCAAAGCGCAGAGACCCUCCCUGAUGGCGUUUCUCAGACAAAUGUCAGUGAAAGGGGAUGGAGGGACCACCCACUCGGAAGAAAUAAAUGGGAAAGACUCCAGCUACCAAACACCCGAGGCCCCGGAGAAGGCCGUCGCGCCGCCCGAGCCGGAACCGGCGGCCGCGGCCCAGAAGGGCAAAGACGGCCCCUCCAAGGACAAGAAGGCGGCCGCCGAGCCCAGCAAGCAGAGGAACGGCAAGCAGGAAGCCCAAGAGCCGGCCCCGAGUGCCGCGCCGGCCGCGGCGGAGGCCAGCUCGCUGCAGAACGGGGACAAGUCCCAGAGGAGACCCGAGAAGCGGCGGCAGUCCCUCGGGGGCUUCUUCAAAGGCCUGGGCCCAAAGCGGAUGUCGGAUGCUCAAGUGCAAACAGACCCCGUCUCCAUCGGACCAGUUGGCAAAUCCAAGUAAACAAAUCACCACGGUUCCCACCAAGUUCCGCCACCAAGAUGCCUUCUCCCUACUCCACCUCCUCCCCGGCCCCACUCCAUGUACAUAGUUUUUCUUCUGACGGCCAUCCAAUGAAAUUCUGCCUACAAAUUAAGCCUGAGCUGUUGUAUAUUGAGGUGUAUAAUUUACGUCUCUGGUCCAGUCUUUUCUUGGUACAUAACUGUAAAGAUGGUUUAGCAGGUCAGAAGAGUUGGCGGUUGCCAAGCAGGUUUUGGGGAAGAGGGCGGAGGAAGGCAUUCUGGUAAAGUUAUGAAAAAUGACAGUGACAAGCAAGUUGCAGAAGGAAAAUGCCUGCUGGAAGGAAUUAAGCCUUGUAGUAAAUCCGUGCUCAUCCUCGGAGCUUCAAGAGGAGAGACGAAAACCCCGUUUGUUUAAGUUCAUGUUUAAAGGAGGGAGGACGUGGGCUCUGGGUUGGGAGGUUGCCAAUUUCCUGGAACGGAAUAUGUGGGGAACAAGAAAGGAAUGAAUAAGAGCUGUUUUUCAGAUAGGGUCCUUGAACGUUACUGACGAGAGGGAAGAGGGAGACUGGAGAGGACUUGAAAUUAUUUGGGAAAACAACUGCUUUUUUGAGGCUCAGUGACAAGGGCGAGGAUUACAACUUCAAAAAAACAAAACAAAACAAAUGAAGUGGCGAGUUUACUUUGCAACACUAGGGGGCGCCGCGGUCUCCAUUUUUAAUCCUGCAUCCUGUAUCCCUAACAAAGAUUUGGUCUCUGCAAUCUUACAUUAUUAAUGUUUCUCAGAUGGCGGAGGGGCUUGCUUCAUCUGUUCUGUCUGACACUUAUCUCAAGUCUGUCUGUAAUUUCCUAAUGUUCUCAGGAUGUGCUCUGAUAAAACCCUCCCCGUAACCCCAGUUAAUAAUAAAAAUUUACAGAAGAUUAUUCAAA